AUGUCUACAGUUUCGGUGUCCUCGCAGGAUGGUGGGCGGAGCUUGUCCCGGGUCUCCCUCAGCCGCUCCCCCGUGUCCCCGCUCUCGGCUCAUGGGAUCCCCUCUCCGGCUCAGCUCACAAAGACCAACGCCCCAGUCCACAUCGAUGUAGGAGGGACCAUGUACACAAGCAGUUUGGGCACACUCACCAAGUACCCAGAGUCCAGAAUCGGCCGUCUAUUUAACGGCACGGAGCCCAUUGUUCUGGACAGUCUGAAGCAGCACUACUUCAUCGAUCGAGACGGAGACAUCUUCAAACACAUCCUGAGCUUCCUGCGCACCUGCAAACUGCUGCUGCCCGAGGACUUCAAGGAGUUCCCAGCGCUGUACGAGGAGGCGCGGUACUACCAGCUGACACCGAUGGUGCGUGAGCUGGAGCUGUGGCACUCAGAGCGUCAGGCCGCGGCUGAGUGCCUGGUGCUGCGCGUGUCGCCGGAGCUCGGCGAGCGCAUCACGGUGAGCGGCGAGAAGGUCCUGAUUGAGGAGGUGUUUCCCGAGACGGGAGAUGUGAUGGUGAACUCGGUGAACGCCGGCUGGAACCAGGACCCAACCCACGUCAUCCGCUUCCCACUCAACGGCUACUGCAGGCUCAACAGCGUGCAGGUGCUGGAGCGUCUGUUUCAGAAAGGCUUCUCUCUGCGUGCGGCGUGCGGCGGCGGCGUGGACUCGUCGCAGUUCAGUGAAUACGUUCUGUGUCGAGAAAUCAAACUUUGCACCAACAUCAGCUCCUCACAGAUCCGGAUCAAACAGGAACCGAUGGACUGA